CGGGGAGGGCGAUCCGGCCAGCUUUUCCGUGGGUCGUGGGCCCCCGCAGGCUCGGGGCAGGGGCUCACCUGUCGUACCCGCCCUCAGCCCGGUUAGACUUGUCGGCGUCACCGCCGCGGACCUCGCUCUGGGCCAUGACCAGAGUUACGGGAGAAACAUUUUUGAUGUAACAACCCCCAAUGAUAAGGACAGCCAGGAGCAAGAAAUGGUAUAGCAGAAGAUACGGCACCUGGUAAAAUGUUAUAUUCUAGAUAUGAUUGGUGAUUACAAGGUCCCUGUAUAAAUUAAUUCUUGUCAACUCCUUGGGAUUUGAAGAGAAAAUGCCCGGUGUCAUACCUAGUGAAAGUAAUGGGCUUUCAAGAGGUAGUCCAUCAAAAAAAAACAGACUUUCCUUGAAGUUUUUUCAGAAAAAGGAAACCAAGAGAGCCUUGGAUUUCACAGACUCUCAAGAAAAUGAAGAAAAAACUUCUGAAAUGUAUGUUAUUUUCAGUAUAUUUCUGUACUUUUUAAGAUUCCGCAUCAGUGAAAAAGCAGUGAACUUGGAUCUACUUCCUUAUCCCUUUCUCUUCUUUGUACUUAAUAGUGAUCAAGUUGUUCCUGCAGCACAGUCCUCACCUGUCAACUGUGAGAAGAGAGAAAACUUGUUACCGUUUGUGGGACUGAAUAAUCUCGGCAAUACUUGUUAUCUUAAUAGUAUACUUCAGGUAUUAUAUUUUUGUCCUGGUUUUAAAUCUGGAGUGAAGCACUUAUUUAAUAUUAUUUCAAGGAAGAAAGAAGCCCUAAAAGAUGAAGCCAGUCCAAAAGAUAAGGGAAGUUGCAAAGAAGAUUCUUCAGCAAGUUAUGAACUAAUAUGCAGCUUACAGUCCUUGAUCAUUUCAGUCGAACAGCUUCAGGCUAGUUUUCUCUUAAAUCCAGAGAAAUAUACUGAUGAACUUGCUACUCAGCCAAGGCGACUACUUAACACACUCAGGGAACUCAACCCUAUGUAUGAAGGAUAUCUACAGCAUGAUGCACAGGAAGUAUUACAGUGUAUUUUGGGAAACAUUCAAGAAACAUGCCAACUCCUAAAAAAAGAAGUAAAAAAUGUGGCAGAGUUAUCUACUAAGGUAGAAGAAAAACAUCAGAAAGAGGAAAUGAGUGGUAAUAGCAGCAUGGAGAUGGACAGUAUGAGGCAUUGUGAAGACUAUAAAGAAAAAUUGCCAAAAGUAAAUGGGAAAAGAAAAAGUGACACUGAAUUUGGUAACAUGAAGAAAAAAGUUAAAGUCUCUAAGGAACACCAGUCUUUGGAAGAAAACCAGAGACAAACCAGAUCAAAAAGAAAAGCUACAGUUGAUUCAUUAGAUAUUCCUGCUAAAAUAAUCCCCAAGUACAUUUCUGAAAAUGAGAGUGCAAGACCCUCACAAAAGAAAUCAAGAGUUAAAAUAAACUGGUUAAAGUCUGCAGCUAAGCAACCCAGCAUUAUUUCUAAAUUCUGUAGUCUGGGUAAAAUAACAACAAACCAAGAAUCCAAAGGACAAUGUAAAGAAAAUGAAUAUGAUCUUGAAGAGGACUUGGGGAAGUAUGAGAAUGAUAAUACAGCUAAUGGUUGUGAACUUGAAUCUCCAGGGAAUAAUGUUAUGCCUGCUAAUGAAGUUAAGCCCAUAAACAAAGGUGCAGAGCAAAUUGGUUUUGAGCUAGUGGAGAAAUUAUUUCAAGGUCAGCUGGUAUUAAGGACUCGUUGCUUAGAAUGUGAAAGUUUAACAGAAAGAAGAGAAGAUUUUCAAGACAUCAGUGUACCAGUGCAAGAAGAUGAGCUUUCCAAAGUAGAGGAGAGUUCUGAAAUUUCUCCAGAGCCAAAAACAGAAAUGAAGACCCUGAGAUGGGCAAUUUCACAGUUUGCUUCAGUGGAGAGGAUUGUAGGAGAAGAUAAAUAUUUCUGUGAAAAUUGCCAUCAUUAUACUGAAGCUGAACGAAGUCUUUUGUUUGACAAAAUGCCUGAAGUUAUAACUAUUCAUUUGAAGUGCUUUGCUGCUAGUGGCUUGGAGUUUGAUUGUUAUGGUGGUGGACUUUCCAAGAUCAACACUCCUUUACUGACACCUCUUAAACUGUCACUAGAAGAAUGGAGCACAAAGCCAACCAACGACAGCUAUGGAUUAUUUGCAGUUGUGAUGCAUAGUGGCAUUACAAUUAGUAGUGGGCAUUAUACUGCUUCUGUUAAAGUCACUGACCUUAACAGUUUAGAACUAGAUAAGGAAAAUUUUGUGAUCGACCAAAUGUGUGAUAUAGGUAAGCCAGAACCAUUGAAUGAGGAGGAAGCAAGGGGUGUGGUCGAAAACUAUGACGAUGAAGAAGUGUCGAUUAGAGUCAGUGGAAAUACCCAGCCAAGUAAAGUUUUGAACAAAAAAAAUGUAGAAGCUAUUGGACUUCUUGGAGGACAAAAGAGUAAAGCAGAUUAUGAGUUAUACAACAAAGCAUCUAAUCCUGAUAAAGUUGCCAGUACAGCAUUUGCUGAAAAUAGAAAUUCUGAGACUAACAAUACUAAUGGGACCCAUGAAUCUGAUAGAAACAAGGAAUCCAAUGACCAAACAGGCAUUAACAUGAGUGGUUUUGAAAACAAAAUUUCAUAUGUAGUGCAAAGCUUAAAGGAGUAUGAGGGGAAGUGGUUGCUUUUUGAUGAUUCUGAAGUGAAAGUUACUGAAGAGAAGGACUUUUUAAAUUCUCUUUCCCCUUCUACAUCUCCUACAUCUACUCCUUACUUGCUAUUUUAUAAGAAAUUAUAGAGUGAGUGUAUUUUCCUUGUGUAUAUAUUAAACGGACCUGGACAAACAUUGGUAAAUUGAUUACAUCAAAAAGUCUUUAGCUUAUCUUUUGAAGCUAUUGGAUAUUAUUGGUUUCUCUGGGUUUUUAUAUAAAUAGUAAAAAUUUGAGUUACUGAAAUCCAUGUUAAUUUUUAGAAUUCAUUUUCCUUAGUGGAGACUAGUGAUUGAUGCAUUAGCUUCUGGGAACAAACUUGUAUAGGUUCUUAACUGAAUUAUUCAAAAUGGAAGCAUUUAAACACUUUGAAUUUACACCUAUCUUUUGUGUUUGCUUUUUCAAAUAAAGUGCUUGUAUUUGUAUCUCCAUAUUUUGGAGUACUUAUCUACAUGAUGUUUAUAGGUUCUGUGGUUUUUCAGCUCAGAAGCAGAAUCUCAUUUCAGUACAUUUAGUUUUGUAAGUCAUAAAGCCAGAUCUUGGAUGGGCUGUAUUAGAGGCACGUGUAUGUAUUCACAAUAGUGCACAUUUUGUGCCUUCAAUCACUUUGAAAAGCAUCUCAGAAAACCUGAAGAGUCAGUCCUCUUCUAUCUUCACAAGAAUUUUAUAUGUAUUUAUGAAAAUGAUUCUGUACCCUAGUAAAUCUUUUUCAGUGUGGACUAAUUUGUAUCUCUUCAUAGUCAUACUCUGCAUGAUCUGUAUAUAAUGCAUCGAACUUAGAGGUGUGACCUUAAAUUUAACUUUUUUAAAAAAACCAGGAGGUCAAUAAAAUUUAAACUGCUUAACAA